AUGGAACUUAUCAGAGUUAUGGUUGAUGCUAGGUAUAAAGAUACACAAGCUGACAUAAGUGAUGAUGAUGGUGAUGGUGAUGGUGAUGAUCCAAAACCAAAGGUCCAACAACAGCCAAAGUCUGCUAAACAACAAUCUGCUGCAAAAGCUUCAUAUGCUGGAAAGAAAAAAGGGAUUAAUGAGACCCUAAACAAGAAGGCUGAAGAGAUAGCUUUAGAAAAGCAGAAGAAGCAAGAUACAGAAGAAAAUGUUAGCCAAACAGCUGUUAAGACACCAGUGGUUUCAGCAGAUGUUAGCCUAUCCUCUGCUACAAUCAAUUUAAAUACACCAUCAACACAACCACCUCCAACACCACAAAGAUUUCCUUCACACCCACCUUCACCACCUAAACAACCUCCACCACCGAAAAUCGCUUAUGUACGAAAAAGAAAAACUUUUGUUCUACAACAAGAUGAUGAGGAGAUUCCAUCACCAAUCCCCUUAUCAUCUGCCCCCAUGCAAACCAUUCCAUCCUCAUCACUUCCUCCUAAAUCCACUUUGACUCCUCCAAUUGGUUCACUACCAUCAGUCAUCCCCCUGGCCGCUAAAUAUCCUCUAGAGUUGCUCACUGUUCAAGGUGAAAUUGAGUCAUUCUUCAAAAUAGAGGAUCUAUCUAAAAGAACAUUCCCAUCUCUUUAUGACUUCAGGAAGCCUCAGAACUUGGAUGAGUAUUUGAAAAUGAAAGUAAGACAGAGAUGA